GAUAGAAGAAUGAGUGUCUCUGCUACUCUGUCAUGAUGCUGACUUUGCUUUUACCCCUCACUCUACUCGCUCACUUCCCCCUCUCUUCAGCACUAGACUUCAACUGGUGCACCAAGACUCCCCCCGGUUUCAGAAAGUGUGGCGAGCUCCAGCAGGAGUACCAGUCUGCUGGUUCUGUUGAGUUCUCAUGUUCUCACGACCUUGCUGAGGGAGGGUGUCUGCAGGAGGUGAAUGAGGAACCUAACACUGUGGUGUCCGUUAAUCCAGGGAAACUUUACCACUCCCAGAGAUUAGGCGGGAGAUACAAAGUUAUACUGGCAGAGGAUUACAGCAGUGCUGUGGCUCAUACCUACUAUCGUUACUACUCAGUCGCAGUGGUCAAGGCUGGCAGGAGACAUCUCAAGUUGUUGGAUCUAAAAGGGAAGAAGGUUUGUCAUGGUCAGUACGAUUACCAGGGCUCCACAGGUUGGGAUAUCCCUAUUAGUUACCUCUACACCUAUCACAGAAGGUUCAAGAUGGAUGACAGGUGCAAUGUUUUGGACGCAAUUAACAGAUACUUUGGAGCCUCCUGCCUGCCCGACUCAGGAGGUUCCAUUACAGAUAACAUGAGGCUAUGUGCAGCCUGCUCCUCCGGCACCUGCUCUAGAGAGGUUAAAUACCGGGGGUAUAAAGGAGCGUUCAGGUGUCUGGUGGAGGAUGCUGGGGAGGUAGCCUUUCUCACCCACAACACUGUCUCCCAGUGGACAGAUGGUCAGAGUACUGAGUCCUGGACAGCAGGUUUGAAGAGCAGUGACUACCGGUUGCUAUGUCCGGAUGGUUCUCAGGUCACGGUUGAUAAUUAUAACCAAUGUUUUAUCGGCUGGAUGAGACCCAACGCAGUGGUUCUGGGUCAGGAUGUGCCAGCCGGGCUCACCACUAAAAUUCAGAAUAGUCUGAGAAACCCUCCUCUGCGGGCAGCUGAGCGUAUUUUCAACAUGGACAGAUACACUCAGUCGGAUGAAGACGUGAUAUUUUCUGGAGAAACAAAAGAGCUGAGGAUAGUGGAGGGUCGAGAACAGGACCCUGGUGAGUAUCUGGGGGACACUGUGGGGAGAUCGUACCAGUACUCCUAUACUCGGGCUAUGGACGGUCUGUACUGUGUUACUGGGCAUGCUCACACUAAUCAUGUUAACAUUCUGCUUAUUUCCCUCUUUUAUGUUUUUAUUAUAUUAUUUUAAACUGCUGAAAUAAUUUUGUAUAGUGAUUAUUAGAAGAUUUUUGAUCAGUGAUUAUUAGAAGCGUUUAAAUCGAU